AUGGAAACCUGCAGCUGCUUCGUGCCGGUCGGCAAGACCCCCGGCCGCCUCUUCUCUCUCGCGCCCGUUCUUCCGAUUCUACGGAGCCGGAAGGGUAGAUGUCCCGGAAGCACUGGUGUCGCCGCCGGCAACAGGCCCGGUGCCUCGGGUUCAAAACCGGGAAACGGGGUGGCUACAGCUCUGCAGGACCUUCCAGGGGAUAGAUGGACGAGGACUGGGGCCGUGCUCAGGGAUGCCCCCGAAGUAAGCGAAGAGAACAAAAGGAUUUCGGAGGAAAUGUGGAAGGAAGCGGAGGACUCCCUGGAGUGGAGGUCGGUCUGCUCGCAAGUCGCUGCGUUCGCUUCGACGAGCAUGGGCCGCGAUCUAUGCAAGGUAGGAGGUCUUCCGAUUGGUCGGGACAGAGGGGAAAGCCAGAAGCUAUUGGACCAGACGAUGGCCGCUGUGCUGCUGCCUCGGCCUCUGGAUUUCUCAGGCGUCGAUGACAUUUCCAGAAUCGUCACUUCGGCGGUUUCCGGAAAGGUACUUUCCAUCGGCGAACUGUGUGCCGUGGAGAGGAGCCUCAGAGCCGCCAGAGGCGUAUACGAGCAGAUGAUGGAACUAUCAUCUAUCGACGGAUUAUCAAACCGGUGCGUAGUUCGUCCCUCAGCCCGCUGAAUUUGAUAUUUCUGUUAUCUCGCCGUAGAACACUAUAUUUUCUGCCCAACUCCACAUCGGUCAGCGUCCUGGAUCUUACGUUGCUUUUCUUUUAUGCAUUCCUACUGUUUCUUCUAUAUUGGAUCAUCGGAAAUGGAAGUAGACUGUCCAUGGAGUACUGAAUCCUUUUUUAGAAAGAGCAAUUGCCAGGGUUUUCACGAGGGAGUAUUUGGGCAGGUAUUCCUCCCUGCUUCUGUUAUUCCAGAACUGCAGUUUCCUGACGGACUUGGCGUACAGAAUCGAAUGGUGUGUUGAUUGUAAUCUCUCCGUCGUGAGGGAUCAAGCUAGCGAGAAAUUGCAGUCGAUUAGGGCAGACAGGAGGAAGAACAUCGAAAAUCUAGAAGUUCUGCUCAAGGGUAUAUCUAAUAGGAUCUUCCAGGGCGGGGGCAUAGACAGCCCCUUGAUUACCAGACGCCGGUCACGCAUGUGUAUCGGCAUUAGAGCUUCCCAUAAGUCUUUGCUUCCAGAUGGUAUCAUUCUGGGUGUUAGCAGCUCGGGGGCAACGUACUUCAUGGAACCUAGAGAGAUAGUGGAGCUGAACAACAUGGAAGUGAGACUCUCCAAUUCUGAGAAGGCUGAGGAGCUCGCUAUUCUGAGCUUGCUCACAUCAGAUAUCGCGUGCUUCGAGAGAGAAAUCAUGCACUUGAUGGAUAUAAUUCUUCAGGUGGAUCUUGCAUCUGCUAGAGCUGCUUAUGCUCGGUGGAUGGGUAGCGUCUGCCCGGUUUUUUGUGAAGGCAAUGAUGAAGUCAACUCGAAUGAGGAGCCCUUUUUAGUGAAUAUUGAAGGCUUCUGCCAUCCCUUGCUUCUUGAACCAUCCGCCAUGAACUCCUCUUCCCCUGUUCUAUCUGGAUUGCCCCAGUCUCCAUCCGUUAUUCCUGUGGACAUUAGGGUCGGACACACCACAAAGGUCGUCGUAAUCUCAGGGCCUAAUACAGGAGGCAAGACCGCAACGAUGAAAUCUUUGGGUCUGGCGUCUCUCAUGGCUAAGGCCGGAAUGUUCUUGCCCGCUAAAGGAACUCCAAGGCUUCCAUGGUUCGAUCAAGUACUUGCUGACAUCGGAGAUCACCAGGUAUUUACUUCAGUUCAACCGGAAGAAAGAAACAAAAAGAUUUUUUUUUCUUUGAUUUCCUUUUUUUCUCUAAAAAAAAUAAAAUAAAAAUCUCUGACUUGCGUGCUCUUCUUGAUUGAAGUCUUUGGAGCACAACCUGUCCACCUUCAGUGGGCACAUUUCUCGCCUCUGCAAGAUACUGCAAAUUGCUUCUCAGAAAUCUCUUGUUCUUAUCGAUGAGAUUGGAAAUGGCACCGACCCUUCAGAAGGCGUGGCUCUCGCCACCAGCAUUUUGCAGCACCUCCUGAGCUGUGUCAGCCUAGCCGUGGUCACCACGCACUAUGCAGAUUUAAGUCUCUUGAGAACGCAGGAUAUUCGGUUCGAGAAUGCCGCCAUGGAGUUUUGCAUUAAAACGCUGCAGCCCACUUAUCGUGUGCUGUGGGGAAGCAUCGGCAACUCCAAUGCUCUGAGCAUAGCUAAGGCAGUCGGCUUUGAUCCGAAGGUGCUCGAUCGUGCGCAAGAAUGGGUGGAGAAGCUCCUUCCAGACAAGCAGAGGGAGCGUCAGGGUUUGCUUUAUCAGUCUCUGUCAAAGGAAAGGGACUUGCUGGAAGCCGAAGCAAGGAAGGGUGAAUCCGUCCUGAUGGAAGUUAAGAAAGUUUACCACGAGGUAUGAUCCAUUCUCUCUCCCUCUCUCUCUCUCUACUCUUCAUUGGCACCAACACAAUGUGACGACGUAGAUGCAUAAUUCUUGCACAGCCAUUUAGUUUUUAUUAUCUCUCUCUAAUGGGCGUCACAUUCGCAUGAAUGGACCUGCAAUGGCGAAGAUCCACUCCGAGGCCAAGGACCUGGACAAGAGGGAGGCGGCUCUGAAGGCGAAGGAAUCGCAGAUGGCGCUUCAAGAACUGAAGCUCGUGAGGUCUCAGGUGGACGCCAUCCUCCUCAAAUUCGAGAAGCAGCUCCAGGACGCAAGCCCCGACCAGUACAACGCGAUACUGAGGAAGUCGGAAGCCGCCAUCGCCGUCAUAGUGGAAGCUCACUGUUCAGUCGGGGACUCUUCGGAGGAAGACGCCACCGCUUUCAGCAGUUCAUACGCCCCCAUUCAGGUUGGGGACCAGGUCUACGUUAAGAGACUGGGCGGCAAGGUGGCUACCGUUGUUGAGGCCCCUGGCGACGAUGGCAGCGUUCUGGUCCAGUAUGGGAAAAUAAGCGUCCGCGUGAAAAGAAGCGACCUGAAAGUCGCUCGAACCAGUGAACCAGCCGUGCCCACUCCUACUCCAAGAGCGCAGCAGGUUCGUGUCCUCUCUCUCUCUCCAUCUUCUCCGUCUCUGAUACCCGCCCUUCACCAUGUCUGAUAUCAUAUGCACUGCACUGACUGCCCUGAAGUUUUUCUUGGCCAUAAAUCUAAUGAUUUUUGGGUAGUAUUUUCCCAAUUCGCAAUCUUUCCUGUUCCUGCUGAAUCUUUAUCUGCUCGUUUCGAUCCUCAUCUUCCGGGACCUCAACUCUCUCUCUCUCUCUUUACUGAUCAUCUAUCUUCUCCGUCUCUGAUGCCCGCCUUUCAACUGGUCAGAUAUCAUAUGAACUGUACUGACUACCUCGAAGUUUUUCUUGCUUAUAAUCUAGUUAUUUUUGGGUAGUAAUUUCCCAAAUUCUCAAUCUUUUCCUGUUCAUGGUAAUCUUAAACUGUGUUCUUGUUUCGAUCCUCAUCUAUCGGGAGCUCAACCCUCUCUCUCUCUCUCUCUCUCUCUCUCUCUCUCAUAAAUCUACUGAGUAUGAAUCAAUCAAUGAACCCGUUUCCGUUCUCCCUCUCUCUAAAAGGUCGGAUGGUCUGUGCGGAAAACAGGGUCAACGACCGCAGCGCGGGAGGCCUGGGCAGGAAGAGGUGAAGGAGGCGGCGUUUGGGGCGGCGGUGCAGACGUCGAGGAACACGGUGGACCUGCGGGGGAUGCGGGCGGAGGAGGCGUCCCUCCACCUCGCCGCCGCCAUCGCCGGCUGCAGGUCUCUCGGCGUCCUCUUCGUCGUCCACGGCGUCGGCACGGGGGCCGUCAAGGACGCCGCCCUACGGCUCCUCCGAAACCACCCCCGCGUCGCCCGCUUCGAAGCGGACAGCCCCAUGAACGACGGUUGCACCAUCGCAUACAUCAAUUGA